AUGAUAUCUCCAAAAUAUUCUGCUACUCAUUAUUAUUUAUCGGCCAAAGCAUUAUCUGGAGCUAAAACUGCCCCUCAUAUUAUCAAUUUAUAUUUGGAUUAUAAUUGUCCAUUUAGUGCCAAAUUAUUUUUGAAAUUAUACAAUACUGUUAUCCCCAAUUUAGAAAAAACCCAUCCUGGUAGAUUUCAAUUUGUUUUCGUCAAUGUUAUUCAACCUUGGCAUACCAAUUCUAAUUUAUUAACUGAAUUCGCCUUAGCUUAUGCCAAAUUACUUCGUGAAAAAGAGACAGAAGUUGAUGGUGAUAUUGAUUCAAUUAAAGCCUUUUGGGAUUUUUCUGAAAAAUUAUUUGAAAAUAAAGAGAAAUUUUAUGAUACAGCAAAUAUUGAAUUGACAAGAAAUCAAAUUUAUGAACAAAUUUAUAAUGUUGUCACAUCUGGUUUGGAAUUGAAAGUUUCUAAAGAGAAAAUAUUGACCGAAUUGAUUAUUAAACCAAGUGAAGUUCCAAGUAACGCUGGGAAUGGGGCUACUGCAGAUGUCAAAUAUUUUACCAAAUAUCUCAGAGGAGUUGGUGUUCAUGUUACACCUACUGUCAGUAUUGAUGGGAUUGUAGAUGAUUCUGUUUCAAGCGGUAGUUCUGAAGACGAUUUGGUCAAAUUAUUUGAGAGUAAAUUAUAA